UCCCGUGAAAAGCUGCGCAGUGUAGGUCCGUUUCGUGUUUAGUUCCACCGAAGCGAUCGAAGUUGCUACUGUUCACCCACGUCCGUAAUUUAGUUUUUUUCACCGGUAGAGUAGUAUAAAAAGCUGAAACGUGGCGAAGUUAGAGGGAAAGAUUUUCUCCGCAGUGAAUAAUUUUUUUUCGUCUUCCCCUUUAGUUACACAAUUAAAAGACCUGAUGACGCGCCAGACUAGUACCGUCGGUCAGGAGAGCUCGGAUGAGAACGAGGUAAUCGAAGAGAAAUCCUUACAUACGGAGGGUGAGGAAAUUAAAUCUAUAUCGUCUAGGAAAGUACCUGACGAAGUAUUACUGAAGGUCAUCAAUAAACAUCCUGAAGUUUCGAAGAGUCAGAUGAAAGAAUUUCGAGAGGCUUUUCGCCUCUUCGAUAAGGAUGGAGACGGUAGCAUUACCAAGGAAGAGUUGGGUCGGGUAAUGAGAUCCUUAGGCCAGUUUGCGAGAACUGAGGAGCUGCAACAGAUGCUGCAGGAGGUUGAUGUUGACGGUGACGGAAACGUCAGUUUUGAAGAAUUCGUUGAUAUCGCAUGGUCUGCUAGUGCGGGAGCCGAUCGCGAUCCAAUCGUUUCAAGAGAACAGGAAGAGAAAGAAUUAAGGGACGCGUUUAGGGUAUUCGACAAACACAACAGAGGUUACAUUACUGCUUCUGAUCUUAGAGCUGUAUUGCAAUGUCUUGGCGAGGACUUGUCGGAAGAAGAAAUUGAAGACAUGAUUAAGGAAGUUGAUGCCGAUGGUGAUGGUCGUAUUGAUUUUUAUGAGUUCGUCAACGCUUUGGGUGAACCAGGAACAGAGGACAGCUAUGAUGAUGAAGAUGACGAGUUCGUUGCCUAAAUAUUGAAUCAUUCUCUCUAGCGCACGACUUCGAUUCCCGAGUAACAUAUUGGUACAGUAAGUUAUGAGGCGACAGGUUUUUCUUACAUUGCAUGUUGUUUAAACGCCGAAGAUAGUCUACUAUUCUAUAUAAUACGAAAAACCAAUGUCUGCAGAUUUUUGAAAACUCCUUUAAUACUUUAUUACAUUUUUUGUGUAUAAUACCUUCCGUUUUGUAGGAAUUUGUUAGAAAUAUGGUCACAUUGGUUUCGCAUAUACUCAUAGACUGUUCGUCGUUGUACACCCUGUGUAAAUGAAAUAUUAUAAGGGCAGUUCAAAUGAAAAUAGCACUACAGUCGAAUUGAGAAAUGGAUUAAUGAUAUUAAUAUAAAUUAGUAUACAAAAGAAUACAAACGUAACACAUAUGCUAGACAAAGUCACCAUUUAGAUUGAAACAAGUGUCCCAGCGGCAAACGAGGCGCGAUGGAUGCCCUGGGUGGAGGAGCUCCGGGGUUGGUUGUAAAACCAACUUUCAACGACAGCUUGGACCUCGUCUACAAAUCGCUGUCCCUUCAGAAAUUUCUUGAGUGCACGGAAGAUGCUUUUAACAAUUACACGACCGCGCUUUGACACCGCCUGGACUUAAAAUCGUUCCGACGCUAUCAUGCAUUCCCGGCACUCUGGGCUCUCUAUAGAGGCACGCGCACUUCAUCCUUCUCGUGAGAUGACGGAAUUAUAGCAAUGUCGCUUUCAAUUGAACAACCUUUGUAAUAAUAUUCUAUGUGAACCUACGUUAAUAGUUCUUGUUAUAUGUCUGUCUACUAAAAUCAUUAUUGUAGCCUAAUGCCUUUAAAUGUUACUACAUAUUUCAAUUAUUGCACAUAUUUCUGCAAUAUUUACCACUAUUAGGUACCACUAGGUACUAAUGUCCCUUCAUGAUAUUCUGUAUACGAGCAAUAAACUAAGUUGUUUAGGGUAUCAAGGAACGAAAAACUUUGUAUUCAUUGUAAUUGUAUGAGAAAUGUUUCUCUUCAUGUCAAUAUUCCUUUGCCAAUCCAAUUUUUAAAAUCUUGUUAUAGUCUCGGUUAUCGUUUCUUUUCAAUAUAUUUUAUGUGGCACAAUAUUAAUAUUGGUACUAGUACUGGUAUUAGAUUUGUAAUCGAAAAUUUUGAACUAUGUUGCACUUCUCUUUAUUUUUUCAUUAUAGUGACAUAACAUUUAACAUUGCCUGUAAAUCUGUAAUCGCUAUUAUUAUGAUGUUAUAUUGAGGUUACAAAAUUUGAGUCAUUAUGAAGAAAUUCUAAUGUUAGGUACGUACGCUGUACAUGUUCGUUUGUUUAACGUAAUCCAUCAAAUUCCCCAAUUAUGUUUAGUCCUACCUCAACUGCAAGUAAAACAAUAAAUGUGACCAUAAUUGAACGCAUCCCUUUAACCUACAUAAUAUUAAUAUCGCCCCUACUGUACCAACAUGUUUUUUCAUUACUUAAAAAAAUAUUACAUAUCGAAUAAUCAAAAAUUUAUAAUCGUCUCUAAAUUAUUACGCGUAUGUGCCAAAGGUUUUGUCUGGCCACAUUUUGAUAAAAAUUGCAACUUUUGGCCGAUGUCUCCAAUUUUUAGAAAUUAAUCAAACAUUAGACGUGAACAUAACUACCGUCGUACUACCUACUACCUGUUCCCAGCUGCUGUUUAUGUUACCUAUCUACUAAAUGAACAAUAAAAUUGUAAUUAUUA